UGACAUCACAGCUCAGAUUACAGGCUAACUCUCAUCCAGAAACAUCACAUUUACUAAACAUAAAAUAAACCAUCUGUACAUGAAUUAAACUCAGAUUGGAGCGAGGACUCAUCUGGAUGAAGUGUUUCUGACUGUGUGAAGGUAGAAGGUGUGUGUGAGCUGAUGUGAAUCCAGCAGCAUGGGUCUGGGUCAGAGCAGAGAGGAGGGAGUCCUUCCCUCCAGAACCUCCCCGAGGGGAAAACCUGGGAGAGAAGAAGAGAGGAGACCUGGACCUGGACCUGGACCUGGACCUGGACCUGGACCUGGACCUGGACCUGGACCUGAAUCUGAACCUGAAUCUGAACCUGAAUCUGAACCUGGACCUGGACCUGAAUCUGAACCUGAACCUGGACCUGGACCUGGACCUGGACCUGGACCUGGAUCUGGUCCCAGCUGUGUGUCCUUGAAGAGUGACAGAUCCAAGGAUUUAAUUAUUCAUUUUAAAGAUACCCAACGAUCUCCCUCAGUGAGGAGACAAUCUGGACCUGGUCCUGGACCUGGACCUGGACCUGGACCUGGACCUGGACCUGGACCUGGACCUGGACCUGGACCCAGCUGUGUGUCCUUGAAGAGUGAUGCAUCAAAGGAUUUAAUUUGGGAGUUUAAAGAUACCCAACGAUCUUCCUCAGUGAGAGUGGACCAGCAGAUCUCAGAGUCCCCCAGUGGUCCGUCUGUCCAGCAGCAUCAGACCCAGCUGGACUCCGUCUUUCAGCUGCUGGAGGACGACAUGAAGGUUGAGCUGAAGAAGAUCCAGAAGGUUUUGAGUCCAGAUUACCCAGAAUCCUCAGAGAGUCUGGAGGAGGAUGAAGAUGAAGAGCAGAAGAGCAUCAGAGAGACAUUCAUGAAGAUCACAGUGAAGUUCUUGAGGAGGAGGAAGCAGGAGAAGCUGGCCGACCUCCUGCAGAGCAAGACAGUGGCUGCCGUUUGUCAAUCCAAACUCAAAGUUCAGCUGCAGAAGAAAUACCAGCAUGUGUCUGAGGGGAUCAUUAAAGCAGGAAAUAAAACCCUUCUGGAGCAGAUCUACACGGAGCUCUACAUCACAGAGGGAGGGACCGGAGAGGUCAACCAUGAACAUGAAGUCAGACAGAUUGAAGCAGCUUCCAGGAAACCAGACGGAGCAGAAACAGCCAUCAGACAGGAAGACAUCUUUAAACCCCCACCUGGAAGAGGAGGACCAAUCAGAACGGUGAUGACGAAGGGAGUGGCCGGCAUCGGGAAAACAGUCCUAACACAGAAGUUCAGUCUGGACUGGGCUGAAGGCAGAACCAACCAGGACAUCCAGUUCCUGCUUCCAUUCACCUUCAGACAACUGAAUGUGCUGAGAGAGGAGAAGUUCAGCUUGGUGGAACUAGUUAAUCGAUUCUUCUCUGAAACCAAAGGAAUCUGCAGCUUUGAAGAGUUCCAGGUCGUGUUCAUCUUUGACGGUCUGGAUGAGAGUCGACUUCCUCUGGACUUCCACAACAAUGAGUUUAUGACUGAUGUUACAGAGUCCACCUCAGUGGACGUGCUGCUGACAAACCUCAUCAAGGGGAACCUGCUUCCUUCUGCUCGUCUCUGGAUCACCACACGACCCGCAGCAGCCAAUCAGAUCCCUCCUUACUGUGUUUCCAUGGUGACGGAGGUCAGAGGGUUCACUGACCCACAGAAGGAGGAAUACUUCAGGAAGAGGAUCAGAGGAGAGGAGAAGACCAGCAGGAUCAUCUCCCACAUCAAGACAUCACGGAGCCUCCACAUCAUGUGCCACAUCCCAGUCUUCUGCUGGAUCACUGCUACGGUCCUGGAGAACGUCCUGGAGAACGUCCUGGAAACCAGAGAGGGAGGAGAGCUGCCCAAGACCCUGACUGAGAUGUACAUCCACUUCCUGGUGGUCCAGGCCAAACUGAAGAAGGUCAAGUAUGACGGAGGAACUGGGACGGAUCCACACUGGAGUCCAGAGAGCAGGAAGAUGGUGGAGUCUCUGGGAAAACUGGCUUUUGAGCAGCUGCAGAAAGGAAACCUGAUCUUCUAUGAAUCAGACCUGAGAGAGUGUGGCAUCGAUGUCAGAGAGGCUUCAGUGUACUCAGGAGUGUUCACCCAGAUCUUUAGAGAGGAGAGCGGCCUGUACCAGGACCAGGUUUUCUGCUUCAUCCAUCUGAGUGUCCAGGAGUUUCUGGCUGCUUUUCAUGUCCAUCGGACCUUCAUCAACUCUGGAGUCAACCUGCUGGAGGAACAAAGGAACACAGAGACUGACCUCUAUCAGACAGCUGUGGACAAGGCCUUAGAGAGUCCCAACGGACACCUGGACUUGUUCCUGCGCUUCCUCCUGGGUCUUUCACUGGAGACCAAUCAGAACCUCAUACGAGGUCUGAUGGAAUCAAAACAAAGAAGUUCACAGAACAAUCAGGAAACAGUUGAAUACAUCAAGAAGAAGAUCAGUGAAGAUCUGUCUGCAGAGAGAAGCAUCAACCUGUUCCACUGUCUGAAUGAACUGAACGAUCGGUCUCUGGUGGAGGAGGUCCAAGAGUCCCUGACGUCAGGACGUCUCUCCACAGAUAAACUGUCUCCUGCUCAGUGGUCGGCUCUGGUCUUUAUCUUACUGUCAUCAGGAGAAGAUCUGGAGGUGUUUGACCUGAAGAAGUUCUCAGCUUCAGAGGAGGCUCUACGGAGGCUGCUGCCGGUGGUCAAAGCCUCCAAGAAAGUUGUACUGAGUGACUGUAACCUCUCAGGGAACAUCUGUCCACUUCUAUCCUCAGUUCUCAGCUCUCAGUCCUCCAGUUUGACAGAACUGGACCUGAGCAACAACGACCUGCAGGAUUCUGGACUGGAGCAGCUGUGUCCUGGACUGGAGAGUCCACACUGUCACCUGGAGUCUCUCAGGCUGUCAGGCUGUCUGAUCUCAGAGGAAGGAAGUGCUUCUCUGGUCUCAGCUCUGACCUCCAACCCCUCCCACCUGAGAGAGCUGGACCUGAGCUACAACCAUCCAGGAGAGUCAGCAGGGAAGCUUCUGUCUAGACUGGAGGAUCCCCGCUGGAGACUGGACACUCUCAGGGUGGAGCCUGCUGGACAACGAUGGCUGACACCAGGUCCAUGGAGGUAUUCCUGUCAACUCACCGUCGACACAAACACAGUCCACAAACGCAUCAAACUGUCUAACAACAACAGGAAUAUGAUGUGUGUGAGGGAGGAUCUGUCGUAUCCUGAUCAUCCAGACAGGUUUGAUCACUGGGAUCAGCUGCUAUGUAGAGAAGUUCUGACGGGUCGCUGUUACUGGGAGGUCGAGUGGAGCGGAGGAGUUUCUGUAUCAGUGAGUUACAGAAGAAUCAGCAGGAGAGGAGACUGUAGGUUUGGAGGAAACCAUCAUUCCUGGAGUCUGGACUGUUAUCCAGGUAAUCAGUACCGUGUCCGUCACAAUAACAUAGUAACAUCCACCACCUCCUCAUCUCCACCUUCAGCCUCUAGCAGAGCAGCAGUGUACGUGGACGUUCCUGCUGGAACUCUGUCCUUCUAUGAAGUCUCUGUCUCUGACAGACUGAUCCACCUCCACACCUUCAACACCAGCUUCACUGAACCUCUCUGUGCUGGAUUUGGACUCUGGUCCAGUUCUGGUUCCUCAGUGUCUCUGUGUCCAGUUUAGUCUCCAGAGUCUCCGGUCAGAGAAACUGUCUCUGUUGGAUCCUGGACUUGGACUCUGGUUCUGGUUCCUCAGUGUCUCCAUGAUGAUGAUGAUGAUGAUGAUGAUAACAAAGUUUCUAGGGGGCGCUGUUGAGCCGUUAGGCCACGCCCAUUAAUGCAAACCAUUAAAUAUCACAUUUUUCGCCAGGCCUGACUUGGUGAAAAAUUUGGUGACUUUUGGUGCACGUUUAGGGGAAAAAAGACCCUCCUUUGGUCGGAAAAAUUGCUACAGAUACAAUAGGGCCGUAGCACUGUCAGUGCUCGGGCCCCAAUAAUAGUAAUUAUAAUGAUACUAUCAUAUUCUGUAAAAAUGCACCUUUCUACCUCAUACUGCUGUACUUUUCACUUGUUUUAAAAUUGUAUAAAUGUUAAUAAGAGCUGUCAUUGGUCUAUUUCCUGUACAGUGAGCGAAAACAACCGAGUCAGAUUCCCCGUCUUGUUUCACCUGACGUGGCCAAAUAAACAUGAUUGUUA